AUGCUAGGGUAUAUAGAGGGCGAUUGGGUGGGAAUUGGGGUCGGAAUUAGUCAGUGCGAGUAUCGGAUCAAAGACCCCGAUUUUCCUUAUGAGAUAGAGAUUGUUAAAAUGAGGUAUAAUUAUAACCGAGAUAUGGUAGAGAUAGUAGAGAUAGAUAAUGCAACGAUAAAACAAAAUGUAGCAGCUGGGUAUGUGCGGGUUCGGGAUCGAAUGGGGUAUCAGGAAUACGGUCGUUUAGUGAUGCAACAAAUUGAAGAAGUAUUUAGUGGCAAGGUAGUUAAUGUAAAUGUGCCGGUUAAGGUAGGAUUAGCUGCGGUGGAUGAAGGGAUGGGGUUGGGAGGACUUGAUUUAGUAGGUGGAGUUGAUUUGUUGGGUGAGGUUGAUUUAUUAGGGGGUGGGAGUGAUCGGAUAGAUUUAGAUAUUGAGGAGCGGGAGAUACGGGGGAGUGAUCGGUUUAUUAGGUUUAAGUACCGGGCGCAGAACGUACGGGCGUUUAAGUUGGGAUGGGUGGGGUUAUCUUUUCGGUGCCAACGGUGUGGAACUGGGGAUACGAAAGUAGUUGGUCGGGGGAAGGAGAUAGAGAAAGAUACUGAGAGUGUGCAGGCUUGUCGGAAUUGUGGGAUUUAUAUUAAGAUAGAGACGACUUUUCAUUUGAUUGUAGUUGAUGGUGAUAACAAGCAUAAUUUGAUGAGGAUAGAUAGUUUUUGCUUAGUUGAUUUGUAUGUAUCUGAUUUGAGCUUUAACUGUGUAUGUGAUAUGUGUGGGCGGGUGCAGGAGAUAGGGGCUAGUCGGAAGGUGAAGUGUGGAUGUGGGUAUGUUUUGGAGAUUAGACCGGAUAAGGUAGGGGCAUUUGCGGAUGUGCAGCCGGUGUUGGGUAGUAGUAGGAAAGGAGGGUUGAAGAGUGAUUUACAGUCGUUGUUUAAGACGAAUGGGACUUGUGUGCACUAUAAGAAAUCAACGCGUAUUUUUGUCUUUCCGUGUUGUGGUGAGCGGUAUCCUUGUGAUAUUUGUCAUAAUGAUAAAGAGGAGCAUUUGGCAGAACUGGCUAAACGGAUGAUUUGUGGGAUUUGUCGGACUGAAGCACCGGUGGCACCUACCUGUCCUAAUCCUAAUUGCCGGGCGAAACUAACUGGAUCGCACUCGGCGCACUGGGAGGGCGGGAAAGGAUCCCGGGAUAAAGCAACUAUGUCUAAGAAAGACCGCAAGAAGUAUACUAAAUGA